CCCCAGGAAAUCCGGGAGACCAAGCGGCGUCACGAGUCGCGGCUGGUGGAGAUCGAGUCCGGCCGCCAGCGGGAGUACGAGAGUAAACUCUCUGAUGCUCUCAACGAUCUGCGGAGCCAGCACGAGGACCAAGUGCGGCUCUACAAGGAGGAGCUGGAGAAGACCUAUAACUCCAAGCUCCAGAACGCCAAGCUGUCGGCCGAGAGGAACAGCAAUCUGAUUGGGGCAGCUCAUGAGGAGCUCUCGUCCACCCGACUCCGUCUCGAUACCCUCUCGGGGCAACUCAAACAGCUGCAGAACCAGGUGGCGGGCAAGGAGGCAAAGAUCCAGGAGCUGGAGGCCGCUCUGCAGAGGGAGCGGGAUACUAGCCGGCGGUUGCUGAACGACAAGGACAGGGAGAUGGCGGACAUGCAGCGCCGGAUGCAGAUCCAACUGGAUGAGUACCAGGAGCUCCUCGAUGUCAAACUCGCCCUCGACAUGGAGAUCAACGCCUACCGCAAGAUGCUGGAGGGAGAGGAGGAGAGGUGAGCUUCACCCCCUCGCUCUCUCUGUCCCUCGCGCUC